AUGUGCCAAGUCCCCUGGCCGUACCCGCUGUCAUGGUACAAGCACAACGAUUGCCACGGGCCGGCACUUCUUCGCGACCGUACGACGGACCAAUGGAUGUACGGGCCGGAGCUGUUGCUAGACAAGGCCCUGCAGGGCGAACCUGGCUACGUGCCACUGCUCUCCCACAUGAGCUUUUUGAGUGGCAGGGCCGGGAGGAAAAUCGUUGCGCAUUUCUGGAACAUCGAUGAUGAGAUAACUUUUCCAGCGUGGCCGCUCUUGAAUAAUGCCACUGUACGCAUGCGGCGUGUGAUUGAAGUGCCCUAUGUGGAGAAUUCCCAUUGCUACGAUCACGCGCUGCGGUUGCACGUGGGCAGCGAACGAACAACCGCCGUUUACUUUCGAGGUGGCAUCAACGUCUUUGGCGCGCAGGGAAAGAGAGUACGACGUGGCAUGCACGCGCUUCGACUACGAGCCUCCUGGGCGAAGAUCGUCUGCACCGUCCACACUAACAUGAAAGCGGGUGAGCCGGGAUGUCGUACAGAAGAGACAAGCAAAGAGCUCAUGGCGAAGGAGAUGCUGCAGAGCAGGUUUUGUCUCGUCCCUAGAGGCGACAUGCCCGAUUCGGGCCGGCUGUAUGACUCGAUGGCGUGCGGGUGCAUACCUGUCAUCAUCAGUGACCGGUUCAGAGGUGCCUUUGCAGAUGUGGUGAACUACGAGCGCUUCUCGCUCCGCAUCAGCGAGCAGGCAUUCUUGGCGGACCCUGUCAAUUCCGUGGGGAAUCUGACACGUUUGCUCACAAGGGAGCGCGAGCGCAAGAUGCGACACUUGUUGGACGUGGAGGGCGCAAAAGUACUGUGGCAUCACGAGCGGAGCGCAAUCACUUCAUUGAUACGCGAUGCGAUCGGUGCAUCGCAAGCGCGUGCCAUGAGUCUCACCAUGCUCUCGUCGUGGCAGUAG